GCGGGGACAUUUCACCAAGCGCUCGCCAUUACUGACUGACGCUUCUUCCGUACAGCGGCAGAAACACUAGCAGCUUCCUACAUUGUACAUGGUCAAAUACUGUCCACGUUUCCUCUGAAGAAAAGAUGGCGCAGUGGCUCCAGCUGCAGAAGUUGGACUCCAAGUACCUGGAGCAGGUGGACCAGCUGUACGACGACUCGUUCCCGAUGGACAUCCGUCAGUACCUGAGCAGGUGGAUCGAGAGCAUCGACUGGGACACGGUGGCCGUUCAGGACUCCCUGGCCACCGUCCGGUUCCACGACCUUUUGGUUCAGCUGGACGACCAACACAGCCGCUUCGCCCUGGAGAACAACUUCCUGCUGCAGCACAACAUCCGCAAGAUCAGGAGGAACCUGCAGGAUCGGUUCCAGGAGGAUCCGGUCCACAUGGCCAUGAUCAUCUCCAGAAACCUGAAGGAGGAGAAGAAGAUCCUGGAGAAGGUGAAGAUCACAGAGCAGGAGGCCCAAGGCACGGUGUCGGCCAUGGUGGUGGAGAAGCAGAAGCUGGACAACAAAGUGAAGGACAUGAAAGAUCGAGUUCAGGUGGCGGAUCAGAACAUCAAGAACCUCGAAGAACUGCAGGACGAGUACGACUUCAAAGUCAACACCCUGAAGAGCAGAGAGAACGAAGUGAACGGCAUGACGCCGAAGGAGCUGGAGGAGGAGAAGAUGAUGGUCGGGAGGAUGUGCCUCGAGCUGAAAGCCAAGCGACAGGACGUGGUGAUGCAGCUCACGGAGCUCCUCAACGUGGCCCAGGCGCUGCUGUCGGACCUGAUCUCAGAGGAGCUGCCGGAGUGGAGGCAGCGGCAGCAGAUCGCCUGCAUCGGAGGUCCUCCCAACGCAUGUGUGGACCAGCUACAGAACUGGUUCACGUCGGUAGCAGAGAGUCUCCAGCAGGUCCGUCAGCACCUGAAGAAGCUGCAGGAGUUGGAGCAGAAGUUCACGUAUGACAGCGACCCCAUCACACAGAAGAAAGCUUACUUGGAGGCCCGAGCGUUGGACCUCCUCAAGAACCUCCUCAGCAACUCUCUGGUGGUGGAGAGACAGCCCUGCAUGCCCACCCACCCACAGAGGCCCCUGGUGCUGAAAACCGGCGUCCAGUUCACCGUGAAGCUCCGCUUCCUGGUGAAGAUGCAGGAGUUUAACUACCAGCUCAAAGUCAAGGCCAUGUUGGAUAAAGACGUGACGGAGAAGAAAGGGUUUAGGAAGUUUAAUAUUUUGGGGACAAACACCAAAGUUAUGAACAUGGAGGAGUCCAACGGGAGCCUGGCCGCCGAGUUCAGACACCUGCAACUGAAGGAGCAGAAAGUUGCCGGCAACAGAACAAACGAGGGCCCGCUGAUCGUCACAAAGGAGCUCCACUCGCUCAGCUUCGAGUCCGAACUGCAGCUCAACCAGUCGGGCCUGAACAUCAAGCUGGAGACCAUCUCUCUGCCCGUGGUGGUCAUCUCCAACGUGUGUCAGCUGCCCAGCGGCUGGGCCUCCAUCCUGUGGUACAACAUGCUGACCACCGAGCCCAAGAACCUGAAGUUCUUCCUCAACCCCCCCACGGCCAAGUGGUCCCAGCUGUCCGAGGUCCUCAGCUGGCAGUUCUCCGCCGUCACCCAGCGAGGCCUCAACCAGGAGCAGCUCCACAUGCUGGCCGACAAGCUGUUGGGAGCCAAAGCCCAGAAGAACCCGGAGGGGCAGAUCCCCUGGGUCAAGUUCUGCAAGCAGCAGAGCGCUAAUGAGAAGGCCUUUCCCUUCUGGUUGUGGAUCGAAGGGAUCCUGGAUCUGAUCAAAAGACACCUGCUCUCUCUCUGGAACGACGGCUCCAUCAUGGGCUUCCUCAGUAAGGGGCAGGAGAAGGCCCUGCUGAGCACCAAGUGUCCCGGGACCUUCCUGCUGCGCUUCAGCGAGAGCAGCCGGGAGGGGGCCAUCACCUUCACCUGGGUGGAGCACGACGUGCACGACAAGCCGCUCUUCCACUCGGUGGAGCCGUACACCAAGAAGGAGCUGGGCGCCGUCUCGCUGCCCAACAUCAUCCGCACCUACAAGGUGAUGGCGGCCGAGAACAUCCCGGAGAACCCGCUGCGCUUCCUCUACCCCGACGUCCCCAAGGACAAGGCCUUCGGGAAGUACUGCCCCGAACCCUCGGAGGCUCCGGAGCCCAUGGACGUGGAGAACGGCCCGGAGAAGAGCAGCUACAUGAAGACGGUGCUCAUAUCCGUCUCAGAAGUACACCCGUCCAAACUGCAGGACAACAUGAUGCCGAUGUCCCCCGACGACUACAAGGCCCUGUGUCGUGACGUCGGCUCCGGGGACAUCGACGCCGUGAUGAGUGCAGACUUUUAGGACCAAAGCUGAGCGAGUGUCUCCAGUCCGGACUGUUCAUACAGCUUUCUUCUUUCUGUCAUGUCAUGAGGUGAGACCUUGGAUGCAGGUCAGCACAGCAACAUUACCGGAUGGAUCAGAUACGGCCUGGAAAUUGAGAAUAAACUUCGAUAGAUAUUUAAGUUUUCAUAAUGAAAGUAAUCCAGCUAUUCCUGUUAAGCAAUUUCAGGAAAUAUUAAACGCAGCCGUCCCCUCGUAGGCACAGCCAGUCCGAGUGGGGGAUUAGACUCGACCUGUCGCUUUAUUUCUGUACAUAUAUAUAUAAAUGUUAUUAAAUGUGAUCCCCAGAAGGAUGUGAAUCUGCUUACUAUCAUGUCCUAUUGGGAGCUGUGAGUUGAAAUCUUGUUUUAAAAAGGACAUGUAUUGGAACUUUUCAACCCGAGCAUGUUAAUUCUUUAACCAACUGUAUGGAAGCUGACGCCGUUAAACUACUUUGGGAGCGGAUGUUUGUCAGCGUAAUUGGACAUUUUUCACCAUCCGUGUAGCUGAGGCUGAUAUUUUAGUAUUAAAACUCAGAUUAAUGUUUGUGUUACACAAAAAAGGUUAUUUUUAAACAGGAAAAAGUUGAUAAAAUAUUCAGUGGUUAUCAAUCAAA